CGAAAUGCGAGGCAAGGAUAUAGACCAUAUCUGUAUCCGGUGUGUAGUUUCAAUUAUUAUGCGUAAAAAAUUAGAAAGAGGCAGGUAGUCCUUCAAUGCAGUUUAUGUCUCGUUUUCCGCUUAUGCUGUAGCAUGGCGUGUUCCAGUAUAUAUAUAUUUAUAUGCAUAUUUCAGUGGUUAUAUAUGUGAUAUUUGUGUAAAACUAUAAAUAGAAAACACAAAAUGAUAAGUGAUUUUAUAAAAUUGAUAAUAAAAUUGUGGAUGUAUUUCGUAAAAAAAAUCUCGAUAUCAUGUUUUGUUUUGAAUGAACGCUGGCCUGUUUUAAGUGGUAGUUUAAAUGGUAGUACAUUUAAAUCGUCCUUUGAAAUGUACUUAUGUUACGUCUAUUCUUAUUUUUCUUACUUUCUCUCUGUUGCAACCGAACAUCAUGAUAUACCGAUGUGUCACGAUGAUUCUACCUCAUGAGAGAACGUCCUCGAUUUGUGCAUUUAAGUGCAGUAAAGUGGAGAUGAAGUUGAAAUAGUGUAAGAGUGUGGAAGUACGAGGGUGAAUCAAAUAUAAACCGGAAUUAUUUUUAUACCCGCAGUGAGGCGAACGACCAGGCUUCUGAGCGUUAUAGGUGGGGAUACCUGAAGGAGAUCCCCCCCUACGCGACCUCUCAUUAGCGCUCCGUUAAUCAGUAUCACAAUGUCAGAGCGGGAGGUGCCCUCGUCCGUUGCACAAUGAAUUAUUAUUAAAUUUCUCACUGCAGAAAGCGUAAAACCGUCGGACAUAUUGAGAAGGCUUAAAGCACAGUUCGGGGACAAUACGCUUAAGAAGACUUAAGUGUACGAGUGGCACAAACAAUUUUUAGAAGGACGAGAAACUGUUGAAAAUGAGGGGCACCGACGUCGACCAGCGUGACAGAAGAGAAUAUUCGCCUGGUUGGCAGCUUUAUCGAGGGUGACCGUCGAUUAACGGUCGCUGAAAUUGCUUCUGAGGUCGGGAUAAGCUUCGGCAGUGCUCAGGCAAUCAUUACUGACGACCUUGGGUUUCGAAAAGUAUCCGCCAGAUGGGUCCCUCGUCUUCUCACCGAAAAUCAGAAACGGCACCGUUUGGAGGUGUGCGAACGGCUAUUGACACGCUAUCAGACCGAAGGGGAAGCUUUUUUGCACCGAAUUGUGACUUGCGACGAAAUUUGGGUGCACCACUACACCCCGGAAUCCAAAGAAGCCAGUAUGGAACGGCGAAAGAAAAGUGAAUCAGCACUCGUCAAAGCCAAAACUCGGCUCUCAGCUGGAAAAGUUUUUGCAACUGUAUUUUUUGACUUUAAAGAUUACCUAAUGUUCUCGAAGAACAUCAAGACGACGUUAUUGUGCGGCUCGAAAGAACUGAGCAAGUCCUUUAUGUUCGAGGCCGCGAUAUAUUGGGCCGAGGAAGGACGACGUGUCGUUUAUAUUACGCCAGCGCCAUUGGAAAGACAGCCGGCGGCCUGUCACGACAGAGGCAAUCCAGCAGUCGCGGCUCUCAAGCUGAUGAGAUUUAUCUACCUGCCGGAUUACGAGAGUCUCGCGGAGCAACUCGUCAAGUUGCACACUUACGCGGCCGUGCCGUCCGUACUUCUGAUAGAUGAUUUGGACAAUUACCUUAAUGACGACGCUGCCGGAAAUGAUGCGUGCGCGCACAUUGCCAGAACCUGCGCCCUGAUACACCACUCGAUGAAGUCAUGCGCGCGGGCUCUGAAAAUAAACGUGCACGUGUGUGCGUGGAGCAGUUCGACUCUGAUCGACAAUUUCCUUCAAACAAUUUACUUUCGCAACGUCUGGAAUUUGUCAGAAGCGGAAGACGGAAAGGCGAUACUGUUGGAAGGGUCCACGGCCGGAUCACCGUCGAAACAAUCGUCGUAUAAGUAUCUAAAAUUCGAAGACGGAAUGCGCGUUCUUCAACAAAUACUGUGCGAUUCGGAGGAGAGUCCGUGA